CUCCACGAUGUUAACACUGUACGUGUAUUAACAAGAAGCCACGUGUUGCAGCAGAGCAUGGAGCUUGUGGCUGUGCAGUAUGAGUUUGAGUACACGGCGAAGGACGGUCGCCUUGUGUCCAUCAAGCCCAAUGAAAGUUACAUCCUGGUCUCCAAGACUAAUGAACACUGGUGGCACGUACGCAAAGACCAGCACUCCAGGCCCUUUUUUGUUCCUGCACAGUAUGUGAAGGAGCUCCCGUCAGUCACCGGAGACUCUGAUAAGCUGGAUUCAUCUAAGUGUGUGACUAACAAUAAGCCAGUGGAUGUGGUGGCUGAUACCAAACGUAAAUCAGCACCAGAAAUCCUUGUGUCCGCUCCAGAUACUUCAAGAGCGACAUACCGAUUCUCCACUUUUAGUUUCUGUAAGGACAUUUGUGAGACUCCGAAAGGAGGACAGACCAGCUUUGCGCCUACCCUGGAUAAUGUAAAGACACACAAUUCAAUGGGAGGCUUCUCAGUGACCUCUGACAGCCUGCAACUGUAUGCAAAAGCUUAUCAUGUGCCAAAGGUCAGAAUCAGACAGCAUGAGUCAAAAAAUGAGUCAAAAAGCUCACUGCAGGAGGAUAAAGUGGACCAGACACAGAUGUUUGUAGAUGACAAGGACAUGGACUUUCCUUUACCCCCCAGUCCACCCAUAUAUGACACCAUACCAGAGCUAAACAUCUCGGAAUUUCACACCUUUUCUGAGCUGCCUACUCCUGUUCCUUCAAAUAACAUAACGCAGCAGGAGAGCUUGAAACCAACCACACAGGCAACUUCUACACAUGCACUUUCCGUUGAGCAGGUGGAGAAGGAGAGUCUCCACUCAGCUGUGUACGUCAAUGUAGCCCAGCUUCGCCAGAGCAUCUCCAAGUCUCCCCCCUCGGCUCCUUCAUCCUACUCUCCUUCCUACCUUGACCCAGAGGGAUGGGAGGUGCAUGUUGAUCAGGAAAGUGGACAGGAGUACUACUACCACCCUACAACGGGGCACACCACUUGGGACAGUCCCUUUCCAGACUCCCCCACAGACCCUGAGCGUCUCUGCACAGAUCAGCCUUGUUUCUCCUCACCUUCUCAGUCUCCUGCCCUUUCUCCAUCCACUGCCUCACCAUCUACGCGGACUUCAGACUGGGAGCAACUGAUGGAUGAAACCAGCGGUCGCCCCUACUUCUACAAUUCAAUGUCUGGGGAGACGUCCUGGGAGCCUCCAGAGCAGCUGAGCCCGUAUCCCCCUCUGAUGGAGCCUAUGAGCAUGCACAGAUUUGAGGAGGCAGAGCGGCCUCCUCUACCUGAGGAGGACUACCCCUCGGAGGAUUACCCAGCUGCUCAUCUACCAGAGAUCUAUGAGGAGCUCCUUGCCACGGGACCUCCCACUUUCCCUAAAGUCAGUCAUGUGAACAGGACCGUCAUCCCCAGGGCCAGCCUGGAGCGCAGCAGCUCGGCUGGCUGGAACCUCAACGUGGAACCUAAUGGGACCUGGGUGUUCACCAGUGAACACUGUGCAGAUGAGUGGAUCAAGUCUGUGGAUGACCGAGGGCAGACCUACUACUACCUGAGAGAUGGCUCCAAGUCUCAGUGGAACCUGCCUGAGGCCCCUGCAGCUUCAGGCCAUUCCAGGGUGGAGAAUGGUGUUGAGGAAGAAAACGUGUCAGUCAUUAAAAACUGGAGACAAACCAUGGGACCUGCACUGCUCGGCUCAGCCCUGGAUGAUGGGAGAUUUCUCCCGACUCACAGGAGGAACACUUCAGGCUACAGCAGCGACAGCUCCAGUACAGGAAACUCUCCAGAGACGCAGCAUAAUGUGCAGAACUUAGAGAAGGCCGGGAUUCUCAACAAAACAAAAGUGUGUGAAAAUGGCAAGAAAGUAAGGAAAAAUUGGGCGCAGACAUGGACAGUUCUCCACGGAGGAGUGCUGACGUUCCACAAAGACCCAAAGUCUGCAGCAACAGGGGCCUCAAACAAGACCAAUCAGAUUGUUCCGGAGGUCACGGUGGACCUGCGAGGAGCAACAAUUGGCUGGGCCUCGAAAGACAAGUCCAGUAAAAAGAAUGUUUUAGAGUUAAAAGGCAAGAACGGUGUGGAGUUUCUGAUACAGUACGAUACAGAAGCCAUCAUCAAUGACUGGCACAAAGUCUUGGUGGACACCAUACGACAAUUGGAGUACCAGGACCAUCACUCAGAGGAGGAGGACGGAGACUUGUAUGAGAAAAUUCCCAACAUAGAGCGAGAAGACAAGCCUGGAGGCAGCGCGGAGAGACGAAGAUCCACAAGGCCCACUUCCACACCUUCAACCAGUUCUGCUGGAGACACAGACCAGAAGAAGGUUCGAACAAAGCUGAUGAAGUUCCUCAUGAAACGUCCCACGCUGCAGUCUGUCAAGGAGAAAGGCUACAUCCGAGACAAUGUGUUUGGUUGCCCUUUGGCUACACUGUGUGCACAGGAGAGAACCACGAUUCCUAGUUUUGUGGAAAAAUGUAUCAAAGCAGUAGAAAAGAGAGGUUUAGAAAUUGACGGGCUCUACAGAGUGAGUGGGAACCUCGCUGUCAUUCAGAAACUACGCUUCAAAGCAGACCAUGAGGAACUGGACCUCGAGGAUGGCCAGUGGGAGGACAUUCAUGUCCUCACCGGAGCGCUGAAGUUGUUUUUCCGAGAGCUUCCUGAGCCACUUUUCCCAUUCAGCCACUUUCAGAGCUUCAUUGAAGCCAUCAAAACUUCUGAUUACAACACAAAACUGAAUCGUAUGUAUGACCUGGUCAAAUCACUUCCUCCUGCAAAUCAUGACACUAUGGAGCUCCUGUUUGGGCAUUUACGCAGGGUCAUUCAGUAUGGGGAGACCAAUCGCAUGACUGUGCAGAAUGUGGCAAUUGUGUUUGGCCCGACGCUGCUUCGGCCGGAGGUGGAAUCAGCCAACAUUGCAAUGUACAUGGUGUUUCAGAACCAGAUAGUGGAGUUCAUCUUGAAUCAAUAUGAGCGCAUCUUCUACUCCAGCUAAAGCUUUCAAAGCCUCCAGUGCAGAGCUGGGAAAAAUUUUUAGUUAUUUGAAGUGCUAGAUUUACCUUUGCGUGCACAUACAGCUUCAGCAGACAUCUUGAUAACAAAAUGCUUCUUGUAAAAUAAGGCAAAGGGCUGUUUUGAGUUUUCUUUGCACAGAAUGUCUGAAGUUUAACCAUGAAGUUUAACUAGAUAAAGGGAUCUUCCAGUAGUCUUUGCUGAGAAUAACUGAAGAAUGUUUAAACACCAUUUAGUCAGAAUUUUCUCCAUAGGAGGAUUACACUGUUAGAACUAUCUUUGGCAGUAUUGUAGGACUGAAAAUCAAGCCGCAGACAGAUGUGGUUUGGGUUCUUGUCUCAGAGCUUUUGAUCUUGUUACUUGGGUGGAAGAAUAAUUAUAUCAGAUUGCUCCUGCUCCUGCUCCCUGAGACUCUAGCUCUCUUAAUCUCACAAGUUGAGUUCGCUGGGGUUUAAUUCUUUUUUUGCUUUGUUUUGUUUUUUCCAAAAGAACCCAAGUCAAACCCGCAUCACUGUUUUAAGAAAUGAUCACUCACUGCCAUCUUUAUUUUAGAAAGUUUAAUGACAUUUAAAUAUUGGAUGUUGGAUUAUCAUAUAUGGCAAUAACUGAAAUUGUAUUCUAAUAUUGCAUUUUUGUUUUUGUUUCAUUUUACUUAAGAAUGGUUUUAUUGUAAUAUAGAAAUGUACAAAAAAUGAAUAUUAAUACCCACAUCUUGCUGUGAAGUAGAUGGUUACAUAGUUAGGUUAUUUUCCACUUAAUUUUAGAACGCAAUUUUUCAAUCAUGCUGCACUUGAAGAAACUGUAUAUUAACAUAGAAAUAAAAAUUAGUAAUACAUAUUUUUGACAGCUGGCAGUAAAUUAAUUCUGAUUGUAAUAUACAUAAGUGGAUAUUAGAAGAGAUUUAUGUGUUGUAUAUAGAAAUAGAUGGCAUAUUUAUGCUUAAAGUUGUUGAAA